CAUGACGGUUCACGCAUGCGCAUGGUGUGCAUCCGCGCGCACCAAGAAAAUAGUCCGCGCCUGCGAAGACACAACACUGUCGCGGUUGAAAAAUGCGACGAUAGUUUUGCACUUGGAAAGUCGUUGCCUCGCUGUUGUCUCACUCGCCAGGGUAGAGCGUCGCGUUUCUGCACUCCUCUGUCGCGAAUCGGGCACGUUGGUUCAUGCGGAUCGGGCGCGAGAAUAUCAAAGGUUGCGAGUAUCACUACGCUGCACGUUGCUGUGUGACGGAAACGAGCGCGCGUGUAGGGGAGAAAGAGGAAGAAGAGGAAGACAGACUGCACGGCAGUUGGGCCAGACGAGAGAGAGACGAAGAGAAUCGGCAGCCAGCAGGAAGUGGGCGUCUAGGUGGGGGGAACAUCGAAGGCAGUUGAUUCGGUGGUGGCUACAUGUGGGUAUCCGCCGGUCUCGCCAAGGAGAUUUCUCGUACCAGGGAGCAAACGUAAGACUUCCUCCUGUUGUACCGCCGAGGAGAGAUACCGUGACGGGAGUUGUAUAAUCGAGAACACUUCACCGCAGCCAUGCAGAUGGACCCGACGACGCUACAGCUAAUCCAGGUCCUCGAGAGGACCGUCUCGUCGGAUAAAAAUGAGUUGGUGGCAGCACAGAGCUUUCUCCAACAGGCGGCUGAUGCUAAUCUUCAUGAAUUCGUACAACGACUCAGCGCUGUGCUGUUCACAGUCGGCGCGAGCCCCAUUGCUCGUAUGGCCGCGGGUUUACAGCUCAAGAACCAACUUACCUCCAAGGAUCCUGAUAUGAAGUUCCAGUAUCAGCAACGUUGGCUUGCUAUUCCCACUGAAACAAGAGAAUACAUCAAGAAAAAUAUUUUAGGAGCAUUAGGAACUGAGAACAACAGGCCAAGUUCCGCGGCGCAAUGUGUCGCUUACGUCGCUGUUGCCGAGUUGCCUGUGGGGCAAUGGAAUGAAUUGAUAGAGGUGCUACUCAAUAAUGUCACCAACCCGUCCAGUACCGACAUAAUGAAGGAGGCCACUCUAGAGACUAUUGGAUAUAUUUGCCAAGAAAUCGAAAGCGAAGUAUUAGUAUCGCAGUCAAAUCAGAUUCUCACUGCUAUCAUUCACGGCAUGAAUGGUUCGGGUACGUCGAAUCAUGUUCGAUUAGCUGCCACAAGCGCGUUAUACAAUUCUCUCGAAUUCACCAAAGGAAAUUUCGAAAAGGAGGUUGGUAAAUCUUAUACAUAUAAUCCCUCGAAAGCCGCUGGUGUUUGUCUGAUGUUGUUGUCUUCGUGCUGCGAAGAGAAUAUCGUUCCGUUCGUUCUUCCCUUCGUUAAAGACAAUAUCAAGAGUCCGGAUUGGAGGUACAGAAGCGCUCUUAUGGCUUUUGGUUCUAUCUUAGGAGGUCUGGAACCCACCACUUUGAAGCCGCUAGUGGAACAGGCGAUGCCCACUCUCAUCGAGUUAAUGUACGACAACAGCGUGGUCGUUCGAGACACGGCUGCGUGGACGUUCGGCCGCAUUUGCGAGAUCAUUCCAGACGCCGCGAUAAACGAAACCUACUUGAAGCCGCUAUUGGAGUCCCUGGUAAACGGACUGAAGGCCGAACCGCGUGUCGCCGCGAAUGUGUGCUGGGCGUUCACAGGGCUGGCGGAGGCAAGCUACGAGUCCGCUGAAGCUACUGAAGAUGGCAAUCAGCCGGAAACAUAUUGCAUGUCUCAAUACUUUGAUUUUAUUGUUCAACGACUCUUGGAAACUACGGAUCGACCGGAUGGUGCGCAGGCGAAUCUAAGAUCUGCCGCUUAUGAGGCGCUGAUGGAGAUGGUGAAGAAUUCGCCGCGUGAUUGCUACGUGACCGUGCAGAAGACCACGAUGGUGAUACUGGAGAGAUUACAGCAAGUACUGCAAAUGGAGUCGCAUAUACAGAGUCACUCGGAUCGUGCUCAGUACAACGAUUUGCAGUCUCUUUUAUGCGCAACUCUGCAAUCAGUACUACGUAAGGUUACUCCGGAGGACGCACCGCAGAUAUCCGACGUAAUCAUGACCGCUCUGCUAGCCAUGUUCAGCUCCAAUUCUUGCAAGGCAGGGGGUGUCCAGGAAGACGCGCUCAUGGCCGUGUCAACUCUCGUCGAGGUGCUCGGCGAAGGCUUUUUGAAAUACAUGGAAGCAUUCAAGCCCUACCUCUGCCUUGGUCUGAAGAAUCACGCGGAAUAUCAGGUAUGCUGCGCCGCGGUUGGUUUAACCGGUGACAUCUGCCGUGCUCUGAAGAAUAAGAUGUUACCUUAUUGCGACGAGAUUAUGACACUGUUGCUCGAGAAUCUUGGCAACAACGCGGUCCACCGGUCGGUGAAACCCCAGAUCUUCUCGGCCUUCGGCGAUAUCGCGCUGAGCAUCGGUCCAGAGUUUAAAAAGUACCUGGACGUCGUGCUGCAGACCUUGGUGCAGGCGUCGCAGGCUAACGUCGACAGAAGCGACUACGAUAUGAUCGAUUACCUGAACGAGUUGCGCGAGGGCGUGCUCGAAGCUUACACUGGUAUAGUCCAGGGUCUCCGCGGGGACGGGACCACGUGUCCGGACGCCGCUAUCUCUCUAAUUGAGCCGCACGUACCGUACAUCCUGCAAUUCAUCACCGCCAUAGCCCAGGAUCGCGAGCACUCCGAAGGUAACGUGUCGGCCUCUGUGGGCUUGUUGGGUGAUCUCGUUACCGUGUUCGGAGUCAAACUACUGCCGAUGGUAGAAACCGAGCCGCUCAAUGAGCUAUUGGCCAAGGGUCGGAAGUCGCGCACUCAUAAAACCAAAACUCUGGCUAGCUGGGCCGCCAAGGAGAUUCGAAAGCUCAAGACCGCCGCCAACGCUACGUCCAGUUGGUGA